GGCAUUUUCUAGCCACUACUAUUCAUCCGCAUUUUUAGUUACUGCCACAUUCCUUAUGUUUGCCUCGGCACUGCAACGCUGCAGCAGUGCUCGGCACAUCCUCUUUUCUCGCCAAGCUCGCGGCCUACGCACCUCCGCCGCUUCCUCUCUUCAACGCACACCUGGCCUCAGCCACAGCACUAGCCCUCUACACGGCCUUAACAACUACAAGCUCGCCUUCCCUACCACCCGCGCUCCGCGCAACCACCUACCCGUACCGCUAACCGCUGCUAGGAUGGCCGCUACCAGCGCUGCUGCCGCCGCUGCUGCUGCUCCCUCCGACGUGCCCCAGGAGCCUGCACAGGCCUACGAGGCGCUGUGCGGGCGGCUGCGGGAGCUCAGCGCGCUCAACGGCAUCAGCGGACUGCUGGACUGGGACGAAAUGGUGAUGAUGCCCGCCGGCUCAGCGGACAGCCGAGGUGCGCAGAAGGCCGCACUGGCGGGGGUGAUGUACGACAAACAAACAGAUCCGCAGCUUGGUGCGCUGCUGGCUGUGUUGCGGGCGGCUCCGAAGGGCAGCCUGGAUGAGGUGCAGUCCUCUGUGGUUCGUGACGCGCACAAGGAGUAUGUCAAGGCCACCGCCCUGCCCAAGGAACUGGCGCAACGCAUCGCACGACUCAAGACGGACGCAUAUGCGGCCUGGGUGGAGGCACGCAAGUCGGCGGACUUCUCCCUCUUCGCGCCCUUCCUGCAGCAGUGGGUGGACAUCAGCAAGGAGAAGGCGAGGCUCAUCGACCCCUGCCGACCCGCCUACGAUGUGCUGCUGGACGACUACGAGAAGGGCCUCACGUCAGCUCGCCUGGAUGAGGUGUUUUCAGAGGUUCGUGCGGGUCUGGUUCCCCUCAUUGCCGACAUCAAGUCCCGCGGCCGCAACAUCGACUGCAGCUGGAUGGAGGGCGAGUACGACACCGCAGUACAGGCGGAGCUGUGCAACAAGAUUGCGCUGGAUCUGGGUUUCGACACCAGCAAGGGCCGGCUGGACGUGUCGGUGCAUCCCUUCACGGGCGGCGCACACCCCACCGAUGUGCGCAUGACCACCCGCUUCAAGAAAGAGGACGUGACGGAGGGGGUCUCGGGUGCCAUCCACGAGACCGGCCAUGCGCUGUACGAGCAGGGCCGCCCCGCCUCCCCCGCCUGGGCCGACCUGCCGGUUUCCUCCGCGCUGUCCAUGGGGGUUCACGAGAGCCAGAGCCUGCUGUGGGAGCGGAUGGUGGGGCUGGGGCGGCCCUUCGCGACGUACCUACUGCCUCUGCUGAGGGAGCGUUUCCCCGACCGCUUCCCGCCCGCCGUCACCCCGGAGCAGCUGUACGAGUCGCAAAACACAAUCCGGGAGCCCUCACUCAUCCGGGUGGAGAGCGACGAGGUGACCUACCCGCUCCACAUUAUCCUGCGCUACGAGCUGGAGGCCGCCCUGAUGGAGGGGCGGCUGGCGGUGGAGCAGGUGCCGGCCGAGUGGAACAGGCGCAUGAGCGACUACCUGGGCGCGUGUCCCCCGGAUGAUGCAAAGGGGUGCUUGCAGGACGUGCACUGGUGCAUGGGUGCAUUCGGCUACUUCCCCACCUACACGCUGGGGGCGAUGUACGCCACUCAACUGUACGACGCAGCCGCGAAGGAUAUCCCGGAUCUGGUGGACAAGAUUGCGGCGGGGGAUUUCAAGCCACUCAAGUCCUGGCUCAACGCCAAUGUGCACGCGCUGGGUUCCCUGCCCGCCAGCGGGGACGAGCUGAUGGUGGCGGUGACGGGGGCGCCGCUGCAGCCCGGGGUGUUCCUGAACUACCUGAGGGGCAAGUACGGGGAGCUGUACGGCAUUGCGUGAUGGGGGCUGGGAGGGGGGAAGGACGGGAGAGGGGAGGAGGAGGGGGGGAGGUAAGGAUUGCGGAGGUGCGGUAAACGAUGGACUGAUGUGCCUAGGUGUAGCACCUCAGGGACGGCAACACAGGCUGCUGGACGUGUGUGUUAAGAAUACUGGCCGCGAGGAGGAACGUACUGUGAUUGCCGAAAGAUGAAGUCCUGCACGUGUGUGUAUGUGUGGUAAGAUGGAAGGGGGCGAGACGGUGUGACGGCAAGGGCGGCAAGGGCAGAGACGGCAAGGGGGCGUCACAUGUGCUGGUGCCCCUUUUGCGUGUUUUGUGUGCUGCCAGGGCUGUCCUACGCACGUUCGUGUGGGCUGUCCUACCUCCCGCAGUCUCCAAACACGCGUGCGGUAGUCGUGAUGGGGGGGAGGGGGGUGGCACUUCUAGGACUUCGACUGUAACUCAGCUGUAC